GCAACAGAGACUGGACGAAAAAAGAAGACUUGUUUACUUGUUAUUUUUCUUUCUCUUUGUUUUUAUUGCAUUUGUGCCAGUCAUGCUGCACAAGUCUAAUUGACCAUCUCUCUCUUUCUUUUGUCUUCCUCAGGGGUUUGCCGUGGUUGCGGGGCGCUCAGGCCUCGGUACAAGAGACUGGUAGACAACAUCUUCCCAGAAGACCCAGAGGAUGGGCUGGUGAAGGCCAACAUGGAGAAGCUGACAUUCUACGCCCUGUCAGCUCCAGAGAAGCUUGACCGUAUCGGAGCCUACCUGUCUGAGAGAUUGUCAAGGGAUGUGGCCCGACACAGAUAUGGGUAUGUGUGCAUAGCCAUGGAAGCCCUGGACCAGCUGCUGAUGGCCUGCCACUGCCAGAGCAUCAACCUGUUUGUGGAGAGUUUCCUCAAGAUGGUGCGCAAGCUGUUGGAGUCAGACAAACCCAGCCUGCAGAUCCUAGGAACAAACUCUUUUGUGAAGUUUGCCAACAUAGAAGAGGAUACACCAUCGUACCACCGCAGUUAUGACUUCUUUGUGUCGCGCUUCAGUGAGAUGUGCCACUCUAGCUACGAGGACCCUGACAUCCGUACUAAGAUCCGCAUGGCAGGUAUCAAGGGCCUGCAGGGCGUGGUGAGGAAGACUGUGAAUGAUGAGCUGCAGGCCAACAUCUGGGACCCUCAGCACAUGGACAAGAUCGUCCCCUCUCUGCUUUUCAACCUGCAGAGUGGAGUGCGCACAGAGAGCCGCUCCCCCUCUCCGCUGCAGGCGUCGGAGAAAGAGAAGGAAAGCCCGGUGGAGCUGACGGAGCGCUGCUUCAGGGAGCUGCUGGGACGAGCCGCCUAUGGCAACAUCAAGAACGCCGUCACGCCCGUGCUGAUGCACUUAGAUAACCAUUCUCUAUGGGAGGGGAAGACCUUUGCAGUGCGCUGCUUUAAAAUCAUCAUGUACUCCAUCCAGUCCCAGCACUCUCAUUUGGUAAUCCAGCAGCUUCUCGGUCACCUGGACGCUAACAGCAAGAAUUCAGCCACAGUGCGUGCUGGGAUAGUGGAAGUUUUGCUGGAGGCAGCCGCCAUUGCAGCCAGCGGCUCUGUAGGUCCCACAGUGUUGGAGGUGUUUAACACCCUGCUGCGGCAGCUCCGUCUGAGCGUGGACUACGAGUUGACCGGCUCCUACGACGGCAACAUCGGCACAAAGAUCAUCAAAGCUCACGAGGAGAGGCAGCUGCAGGAGGCUGUCAUCAGGACCAUUGGUUCAUUCGCCAACACUCUACCGACUUACCAGAGGUCCGAGGUCAUGCUCUUCAUCAUGGGCAAGAUCCCUGUCCCUGGGAUUCACCCAGCUCUGCCCUCCGCAGGCUCUGGGCCUGAGGGUACCAGGAUGAUUCAGAUUAUGUUACUUAAAUCCUUGGUCCAGGUGACGGCAGGUUUCCAGACCACCAACAUGCUAACGGCGCUGCCCAACUCUUUCCUGGAGCCGUUGCUGUCCUUCUCUCUCACAGAGGAUCCAGAAAUCCGGCUGCUGGUUCUCCAGAUCCUUCUAAGUCUGAUCGACAGGCACGACAACAUGCUCAAGUUCACCAACAUAAGCAUCAUCUCCGACAUCUCUGUGCUCAAGCUCAAAGUUGACAAGUGUUCCAGGCAGGACAACUUAUUCAUGAAAAAGCACGGCCAGCAGCUAUACCGACACAUCUACUUGGGCUGUAAGGAGCAGAGCAGCGGUCGGCAGCACUACGAGUCGCUCUUCGCUCUGUUGGGUCUCCUCAGCGUGGAGCUGGCUAAUGAAGAAGUGGUGGUGGACCUCAUUCGCCUGGCACUCGCCUUGCAGGACCUGGCUUUGUCCACUGACGAGCCUCUGCCCGUUUAUAACCGCUGUGCUGUUCAUGCGCUCGCCGCCGCCUACCUCAACCUCAUCUGCCAGCUCACCACCGUCCCAGCCUUCUGCCAGCACAUACACGAGGUAAUUGAGGUGAGACAGAAAGAAAGUCCCUACCUUUUGCCUGAGGAUGUCUUCGUUGAUAAUCCCAAGCCGCCGCCUUCACUGGAGAAGGUAGAGGGGGAUGUUUUGUUCCUCCAGUCGAAGAUCACUGAGGUCCUCGGAGGUAGCGGCUACAACACAGAUAGACUGGCUACGCCUUAUGUACCCCAGUAUACUGAUGAGGACCGUCUAUCCAAGAGAAAGAGCAUCGGAGAGACCAUCUCACUGCAGGUGGAGGUGGAGUCCCGAAACAGUCCAGAGAAAGAGGAGAGGACACCAGCAGAGGAGAUCACAUUUGAAACCCUGAAAAAUGCCAUUGUGGACAGCGUGGGUAUGGAGGAGCAGGAGAGGGAGCGGAGGAGACAAGUGGUGGAGAAGUUUCAGAAGGCCCCCUUCGAGGAGAUAGCUGCCCACUGUGGUGCCAGGGCCACACUACUGCAGAGCAAACUAAAUCAGAUCUUUGAGAUUACAAUCAGACCCCCGCCCAGCCCAUCUGGAACCAUUUCGUCCGGUUACGGCCAAAGCCAGAGUCGAUCUAUACCCAUCUACGAGAUGAAGUUUCCUGACCUGUGUGUGUACUAGACCAGAAAGCGAAGUUACAGAACUAUUUAACAUUUGAGUACAGGAAAGGGAUUUUGGGAGGGGCAACCGGUCCUCACUGUUAAGGCGUCUUGAUCAUAUAAUCAUAAAACCACAGGGGAAGAGGAGGAAACCAAAGUUGUUUGAAGCCAACUCAAGAACAAGGCACUUCUUGAUUAACUUAGUUGUCUGAAAUGACAAUUCUUUUGCCCUGGAGCCAAAACAAUCCGGCUAAUGUCAAAACAAUGCAGCAGUAAAACAAACUUUUAUUUUACUUAUUCCACUCAGUUCUCCUUAGAUGUCUGUAGAAACUCCACCGGUUGGAUUUUGAAAUUAGAAAUUGCCAAGAACUGUGAGGGAAAAUUUAAAGUGGCAGACUGAAAGUUAUUUUAUUGGCUUUAGAAUGAAUUGACUCAUUGCAUGCCCUGUUACUUGACAUUUUUGAUAGCACUGCAAUUCUUGGACAUUCUUUUGACCCAAUUGUCCCUUACAGGGUGCCAUACUACCCUUGAUGACAAUUAGAUUGACUGAUCUUAAUAUUUAUAUUUUUAUUGUUUUCUUGUUUGUUGAUUUUAUGGACAGAAAGAGCGUAUGUGAAUUAGAUGCAUUUUAAUUUUCCUGAGACCGUAUUUUUGUGUAUGUUUGAAUGAAAUAUGGAUACAAAUAUAAACCUAAUCCUUUCCAUCUCCCAUGUUACUCAGCUCUUGAACAUCUGACUUCAGUGUUUAAUAGUACCUUUUUUUUGUUUUGCCUUUUUAGUGUUAGCCAGAAGUGCUUUUUCUUUCAUGACAGGCAUUUAUUUCCUGCACAUAGUUUUUUUUCUUCUUCUAAUUAUUAUUUAGUUUUAAGUGGUUUAAAUGACAGAUAACUGUUGAUCUGUGUGCUAUCCUCCCAAAGUGAGUGUGCCUUACAGGUGACUCAAGUUGAAACAUAAAGAAAAACACACACUGCGCCACAAUCAUGACCACACUAAACUUCUGAAGAUCUGAAGUGUUUACUGUGAUGUUUACCAGAUCAAACACUAAAAGUUAACUACGGAUCCUUUAUUUUUCUCCUUUCCAUAUGAAUGUGUAUAUACAGAGAAAUAUAUAAAUCUUUAAGCUGAUGUACAAAAUAGGGAUGUUUUUGUGUUUGUGUAGAUAUACUGUACAUUGAUUCUAAUUAUGGACUCCCACUGCACUGAUUGUGUCCGUAGAUAAGGGAGAAAGGUAUUAGUUAGUAUUUAUUAAAGAUAAGUAACCAGCAACACAUGAAAUCAAAAAGGUGAAUUGACAAGGGUGUAAACAGCCCACAGUAGAAAUCUAAAUCAUCUUGAGGCCAGUAGAUCACACUAGUGAAGUUUGAAAGUGUCCUGCUUAAGAAUUAAUGAACCUGAACUAAUCAACUUCCAUUAUUAACCACUGAUUUUGAGACAGGUUUUUAGCACUAGAAUCAUGACCUGUAUUGUUGCUGCCAUUACAUUCUUAAUCCUGCUGGAAUAAGUUUGCACUCUGUUUUUACGCCAUACCGCUGCUGCUGCAGCCUACAAGCAGUGCACCUCAUUCAGCAAGAUUUAAUAAGUCUAAAAGCCAUUACGUGUGCAUGUGCGCACAUACGCAUAGGUAUAAAAACAAAGUAUAAUGGCAAUAAUUUGCCACUAGCCUGGCUAACAGCCCAACUGUUUGGUAGCAGAUCCUUUUUGUGUUUUAAAUUGUACCCUCUGUUGUUGUUGUGGUGGUGCUGUGAUGGUCACUUUUGUGAUGUUGUAAGAGAUCGACCCUCCCGCUUUUGUGAGUUAACUGCAUCGGACGUGAAACGAGCUGCAGCCAUCUUGUUUGAUGUAAACGACAGUGUAUGGUUUGUCCCUGAUUGUCGUGUCACAGUCCAGUUGGUUGUUUGUUUUAUCAUUUUUUACAAUGUAGUGUCCCCUGUAUGUAUAUUCAUGUUCACACAUGCCAGUGUAUCAGAUCUGUUCACGCUUCCCUCGUGUGUGUGUGUGUGUGUGUGUGUGUGUGUGUGUGUGUGUGUGUGUGUGUGUGUGUGUGUGUGUGUGUGUGUGUGUGUGUGUGUGUGUGUGUGUGUGUGUGUGUGUGUGUGUGUGUGUGUGUGUGUGUGUGUGUGUGUGUGUGUGUGUGUGUGUGUGUGUUCAUGCAUGCGUCUACAUGAGCAUUCAUGUAGAUGUGUGUCUUUAUCGUCAUUCUCCAAGACCAAACUCUUCAAACACAGUUUACAGUCUUUGUCCAGUGACCCUUUCCAAUACGUUAACGAAGAACAAGCUAUUUCAGAGCAGUGUGCAGCUGUCUAAACCUUCCAGUGACACUUUGUAAAAUUGUCAUUUCAGCGUCUUGCAACUUCGCAGUAAAGACUACUAGUGUGCUUGUUGUCAUUGCAUAGUGUAUUGUAAUAUUAACUGACGGUAAUCCAAUCUUACUUUUGUCAUUACAUGUCUGAUUAAUAGAUCUGUUUACAACGUAGUGCUGUAGGUCAAUUCUAUUCAUUCUGUGAACUUUGCACUUUAAAAACUGGAUUACCUAGUGACAAAGGCAGCUUUUAAAUGGAGAAAAUGCCUUAUGAGUGUCAUACCUGACUUUGCAUGCUAGUGUUGCUGUAAUGUAUAAUAAAUGUGUCUGUAACCAGAAAAUGUCUGAUCUGUUUUUGAUUUAUUUUCUUAUUGACGAUAGGGAAAGCCUGAUAAAGAAGAAUGUUUUCUAGUGUGAUCUGCCUGAGAUACAGGAAACUGUGGAGCAUCAUCAUCAUCAUCAUUAUCAUCAUCAUCAUCAUGCAGCAUAUGAAAAAUAAUCUUAACUUUGAGUGCUCAGUUAUUUGUAGUGUUCAACACAGUAUUAAGCAAUUGUUCCUCAACUGUUCUUCUAGUGUUAUUCAUUUCCUUGCCUGUAAUGGACUGUGUUUUGUUUAUGUUACACUACUAGCAUCAGUACUGUGUAUUUGCCAUUCUCAUGCCUGUCAUGUGAUUGGGUGGUUUAUCAGAAUUAAAUCUGUGUAUUUUAGAGGUGCUUUUUCUCCUACUGUAACAGCCUUCAACAUAAUGUAAUAUCCAAAAACAAUGGAAAGGUUAACUACUUCAGCCCUAAAACUCUGCUUCACAAUUUUGACUGUAGGGACGACUGUGGUAUUGAAAUGAACUAAAUAGCCUAAAAAUUGACAAUACAUUUAAAAAAAAGUGGUAGGAAAAUAUAUAUUUAAAAUGAAGUCAACCACUUCGGGCAGGUUUGUGUUACAGUGGUUUACUAGUGGCGUGGCUCUAAGAAUAUAUAAAAAAACUAUUGUCAUGAAAGUUUGUACAUGUUUAUGUUCCCUAGAAGAUAAUUUGUAAAAACGUAGAUCCUCUGACUUUUCAUUAAACACUAUUAUCAGGUCAAAAUGAUGCAUGGUUCUGCUACACUGGUAGCAAAGCAUGGGGAGGGCUUGGAAAAAAAAUGUGUAUCUACGAAAGGCUGGCCCUGCAGAAAAGGUUUGGGAACCACUAGGCUAAGGUUUUAAGCCCUCACACUUUUCUUUUUUUUUUUUUUUUUUGGUCUGUAUCCAAAUCAAGGGUCUAGGAUAGAAGGGGGUUGUAUGUUGUGCUGACUGUAAAGCCCUUUGGCAAAAUUGUGAUACAUAUUAAAUUGACUUGACUUGUCCAUCA